AUGGCUGGCUGGAUGUGGCUCCGUUGUGUUUUCGGGCCUCAUCUGCAAAGAAUUCACCGCGACCCGACCUCGACAUGGAUGACUGCCCAUAUUGCCAGGAUGGCAUUCAACUACCAGCCAGGGAACUUGGAGCAACACACUGAUAGCAUUCUCGGAUGGGCUUCAGCUCUGUGGUAUCUGUCCUAUUGCAGCUCUCCUGUGCUCUUAUGCUAUCUGUAUGGAAAAGGCUACAUCUGCAGCACGAAGUUGGCACCAGUGAGUCAGUACGUGGCGACGACGCUUCUGUGUCUCCUUGGAGUGGCAUGCCUCCGAGGCUGGGGAAGAUGGAAGAACCCUCAGUAUGUUAAAUUCAUUUCCAUCUUGGACGAGGCGAAGAAAAAUCCCUCACCAGAGAACAAAAAGAAAUUGAAAUGCUACACAUUUGACUUUUCUCACUGGCCGGCAGAUUUUAGCUGGAGCGAAGUCAGCAACCCGAAGGCGACCAAGGCCGGGGUCUCCCUGCUGAAGCACAAACCGCGAGGAACAACAGAUGCUGCUUUGCGCUCUGUGCGCACUCUGCCUUGCCAUGUCAUCAGCUUCCUUAUUGUGCACACCUUUGGGAGGAGGAUGCUGUAUCCGGGCUCUGUAGGACUGCUGCAGAAAGCCAUGAGGCCCAUGCUGCAGCAAGGCAUGGCCAAGCUUAUAGAACAGUAUGGCGGGCAACGGAACAAGCUGGUGGCCUGUGAUGGCAACGAGAUCGACACCAUGUUUGUCGACCGCAGGGAUGGAGGUGGCAGCAAUGGCCGCACUCUGGUCAUCUGCUGCGAGGGCAAUGCCGGCUUCUACGAGGUGGGAUGCAUGAACACCCCCCUGGAGGGCGGCUACUCUGUCCUGGGCUGGAACCAUCCGGGCUUCGGAGGCAGCACGGGGGUGCCUUUUCCACAAAAUGAGGCCAAUGCCAUGGAUGCGGUCAUCCAGUUUGCUGUGCACAAGCUGAAAUUCAGGCUAGAGAGCAUCAUCAUAUAUGCGUGGUCCAUAGGCGGAUUCACAGCCAGUUGGGCAGUGAUGUCAUACCCAGAGAUCCAAUCGGUAGUGUUGGACGCCUGUUUCGACGACCUUCUACCUUUGGCCCUCAAAGUCAUGCCUGAUAGUUGGAGAUCGCUGGUUCAGUACACAGUGCGACAGUAUGUAAAUCUCAAUGUUUCAGAGCAACUCCUCAAAUACCAGGGUCCUGUUCUGCUGGUGCGGAGAACCAGGGAUGAGAUUAUCACCACCACGGGUCCAGAAGACAUCAUGGCAAACCGAGGCAAUGACCUCCUGCUUAAGCUGCUUCAGUUCAGGUAUCCAAACAUAAUGAGCUAUGAAGGGGUCUGUGUGGUCCGGGAGUGGCUGCAGGCCUCCACCCCCGUAGCAGAAGCGUCCGUGUACAGCGCCUACCAGGUGGACGACGAAUGGUGCGAGUCCAUACUACUCUCGUACAAGAAGGACAAUGAUGCCACCGUUGAUUCAGACGUCGUGUUUCCCUGGAAUGUUGGGGAGAAAAUGUUGAUCAAGGAGAGGCAACAGCUGGCUCUUUUUUUGGCUCGCAACCACAUGAGGAACUUUGAGACGACGCACUGCACGCCGCUGCCUGCCUCCGAGUUCCGCAUGCCGUGGGUGUUGUAG